GAAAUGAACACGUAAGAAGAAAUAAAACAAAGUUCAAAACUAAGAAACAGAAAAACAAAAAAAAACAUAAAAAAACAUAUAAAAAAAACAUAAAAUUACAGAAGAAAAAAAUGGGUAGCUUCCUUGAGGUUCUUUGUGCAAUCUUCAUACCUCCUGUUGGUGUGUUCCUCAGAUAUGGCCUUGGGUUGGAGUUUUGGGUCUGUUUGCUUCUAACGUUAUUCGCUUUUAUCCCCGGACUGAUAUAUGCCAUCUACGUUCUCACCAAGUAGGAAUAACCAAUCAAAAACACUGGAUCCUUUUUUUAUUUUAUAACUUUUUCUUUUUCCAACAAUGUUUGCUUUUUUAGAUUUUUUAUGUUGUAUUUAAGGAAUCAGUUUUGUAAUCUAGCAAACUUUUUGCUAUGUUAGAUGUAUGUAAAUUCCAGCAGUUUCCAAAUUGCUGUUGUUCUAGUUUGCAGAGGUUAUGGAUACAUUUUACGGAUCAUAAACAGAUUUGGAAGAUUGAUGAUAUUAUUAUAUGCGUGAUAUAAAUUUUGAAUUGUAGUAAUACUACA